AUGUCAAGUUCUUCCUUCCUCCAAGAUAAUUCCUUGGGAACUCAUCCAGAGAUAUCUCUAGGGUCACUACCCUCGAAUACCUCUUUCUCGACCCCCGGAAGAUCAUUACACGCCACCAGUUCGUUACGAGUACCCUCAACGUCCUCUGGAACUACCGCUAUUUCCUCAGUUCCUAUAUCUACACCAUCUCCUCCAUCAAUACCCUCCAUUCGACAUAAACGAAGACCAUCUGGGCUAGAUGAUUCGUUGUUGUCGAGACGAUUGGAGUUCGAACAUCAAGAUGCAGAUGAACUUGAUGAUGAUCUGGUCAAGACACCUGCAGUAGAGAAGAACGGAAGAUGGGGCUCGACCGAUCCUUCAGCUCUAGAAACUCCACUUACAGAGAACAAGAGCAGACCGAAGCAUCGAAAAAGGUCUAGCACGGCUACUGGUACUAAAGGCGUGACCUUGACGCUCCGCGAUCAGGAGAAACAUAUCGACAGCUUAACUAAAGAGAACUUUGACCUCAAGCUUCGCGUUCACUUCCUUGAGGAACGUUUAGCAGAACUUGCGCCCGAACAGAUGGAUGCCGCGCUGAAGCAAAACAUUACCCUAAAGGUUGAAGCCUUGAACAGGGGACGCGAAUGUAAGAAAAUCAAGAAAAGUUUACACGAAGCUGAGAGGGAAAUCGAGCGGUUACAGCGUGGCGCAGGUUCUCGUGCCCGGGAACGCGAACUUGAGGAGAAGUUAGAAGAACGGGAGAAAGAAAUCCGUGAGCUUAGAUGGAGGCAAUCUACUGGCAGAAAUUCUACCUCUGGAGUAGAUUCUGUCGUCAGAGGACUUGAAGCCAGGAACGAAGAGCUAGAGGAUGAACUAGAAAAUGCGAGGGGUUUACUUCAGGAUAAUCUAGUUGAGAUCGAGCAGCUUCAAGAAAUGGUGGAAAACGGCAGCAAGUCACACUCGUCUUUUGCGAGUGAUCGAAGUCGGCGACGCGACGAACUCGAGAGUGAGAUAGAGAAGCUCAAGGUGAAGAUCGAUGAUCAAACAGGAUUGCUUGAGGAGAAGGAGGAUCAGAGACUCGAUUUACUAGAUGAAUUAGAGGCACUACAACUUGAUCUGGAACAAGUUCGCCAGAAGCAGGCAGAGGCCUCAAUGGCUCGUAGCGAGAGUCGUGCUCAAAUGCUGGAGGAGAGAGAGGAAAGAGAGGCGGUUGAAGAAGAUCUGAAUGCCAUCAAAGAUCGACUAGCUGCAGCUUUGAUUGAACUUCAGCAGAAGGAGGAUGAAAUUGAGCGGAAGAAUCAGGCGCUGGACGAUUUGAUGGCCGAACAUGAGCGAAUUGUGGCACAAGUUGAAGAGGAAUGGAGAGGGGAAGUCGAUGAAGCAAGACAACAGGUCGAGGAACUUCGCGAUGUUCUUGCGGAACGUGAAACCGAAUCCAAAGAACUUCGCUUGAACAUCUCUGAACUUGAAGCCGGAGCCAACGACCUUCACAAUAAGUUUGAAACGACCCUCGCUCACCUCGAAGAAGAGGCAGAGAGCAAGGACGUUGAAAUCGAAGCAUUGAAUGAAACAAUUCAGCGACUCGGAAAUCAGAUCUAUGAUCUCGAGGACGAGAACGACAAGAUGAAGGAAUUGAGGGAAGAGGAAUCGACUGAACAUGAUAGACUGGAACAACUCGUUGCCGCCCUCAAAGAAAAACUCGCAACACUGAAGCUAGAGCUAGACGAGAUGACCGAAGCCUACGAGACGUGUAGUGAGGAGAUCCAUGCGCAUCGAUCAAGACAAGAGGAACUUGCAAUACAUGUGGAAUCCCUUGUCGAGGAACUUCAAAGCGAACGGGAGACUCGUGAACGCUUAGCAGCAGAUUUGGAUAACGCAGUCAAGGAACACGAGGCGGAGCUGAGACAAGAACGCCGAGCUCUCGAAUCGAAGGAGUCUGCCUUACAAAGUGCUUUGAAUGACUUGGCGCGUACGGAGUCAUUACUGUCCCAACGCGAGUCUGAUUUAGAGCAAGUGCAAUCCGCUUUGAGGACGUUUGAGCAAGAGUCGAAGCGAGCUGGAGAGUCCAAUUCGACCGCGAGGUUCUCCUUGCAGCUUGAGGUUGAUCGGCUCAAAAGGGAUUUGGAGCGGCUCGAGGAUGAGUUGUCGCGGGCGAGGAAAGACUUGGGUGAGAAGGAUGCGCGAAGUCGCGACAGGGACGGAGAAUUGGCCACGUUACACGCUGAGAAUAGGGAUCUGGCCAGUCAGCUGUCGGCGCAAACCCAGGCAAGAUUGAAUAUCUCGGAAAAAUUGGACAGCGUCCAGGUAGCUUUGAAGUCGGCGGAAGCAGAGCUUGCGAUGUUUAAGGGUAAAGUGGCGGAGUUGGAACUGAGGUUGUCGAAGGACCAGCGGUCGCUGUUGAAUGCAGAGGCGCAGUACCGAGACCAGCUGACCGAAAGAAAUACACUGCUCCUGACGAUUUACCAGUACAUGGAUAAAAUCUUGGGGGUCGAUAAGACACCGAAAAAAGGCGGACAGGCGGAGACGAAACCGUUUACUAAUUUCGCUGUAUUCCACGACAACCUCUUGACACGACUGAAGACUCUCAGUCAGAUCCAUGGAGAGUUUGAGAAACGGUGCAAGGAAGCUGAGGGAAGGUUCAUGGAGAAGAUAUCGGAGAUGAGGAAGCAGUUAGAUAAUCGGUGGAAGCAAAUUGAUAAGUUCGAAACAAGUGUCAGGGCGUACGCCGAUGCAAAAGCUACAUGGAAGAGGAGGAUGAGUGCGAAGGAGGGGGAGUUGGAGGCUAUCAAGGCAACGAAUGCAGAACUUACUGGACAGCUCUCAGGAGUGUCGAGACGGCCUGGAGGUCAAGACAGUAUGGAGAUUAGAUCGUUGUCCGCCCGAGCUGUGAAUGCGGAGAGGAGGCUGAAUAAUGCACAGAAUCAGCUGGCGGCGACAGAGGAGAGGAUUGCUCAGAUGAAUCUCAAGGGCAGUACUGCGGAUGCGAAAUGGGAAGCAAGGGUGAAAGAAUAUGAAUCUCGAUUGAAGGCGGCGGAGGAGAGGGUGAAGAGAGAACGGCAAGGUUCUAAGGAGAGGGUUGCUGAGCUGGAGAACAGUGUCAAGAUGCUCCAGCGACAACUUGAGUUGGCACAAAAACGAAGCCAGCAACUAACUGAUGUUGUGGAGGUGAAUAAAGUUGGAAAACCGACCUCACCAAGCUCUAAUCAUUCCAAGUAA